UUGGCCACAUUCUUAUUAGGUGAAACCAAUAGCAUUGCGUGAUGUUACCCAGCUGACACGCUACUCUGAAGAUGGCGGACAGGCUAACGCAGUUACAAGAUGCUGUCAACUCACUUGCUGAUCAGUUCUGCAACGCAAUUGGAGUGUUACAGCAGUGCGCUCCCCCGGCUUCUUUCAGCAACAUUCAAACAGCCAUAAAUAAAGACCAACCAUCGAACCCGACAGAAGAGUAUGCCCAGCUUUUUGCAGCACUGAUUGCAAGGACAGCCAAAGAUGUGGAUGUGUUGAUUGAUUCUCUACCCAGUGAGGAAUCUACUGCAGCACUUCAGGCCGCCAGCCUCCGUCAGCUGGAGGAGGAGAAUCAUGAGGCAGCGGCGCGGCUCGAGGAGGUUGUGUACCGGGGGGACGUGCUGCUUGAAAAGAUACAGAGCGCGCUGGCUGACAUUGCUCAGUCCCAGCUCCGCACCCGAAGUGGAGCCCCCAGCCAGCCUAUACCCCCCGACUCCUGACUGCAGGGGGACUGAUGAUUAUCAUGGACUGCUCUUUUGGGGUGUGACGGGUGGGCUCCAGUAAUUUGUACAGUUUGUAAAAAUAGUGUUGCUUUGGAUUUUUGUACUUGUUUGCAUCUUAGUUUAGAGUCAUGAAAAAUCAUUGUUGCCAUCAACUCUGUGUGUGUGUGUGUGUGUGUGUGUGUGUGUGUGUGUGUGUGUGUGUGUGUGUGUGUGUGUGUGUGUGUGUGUGUGUGUGUGUGUGUGUGUGUGUGUGCGCAAGCAUGCGCUUUCUCUUGAAAGUGCAGUUGCUUGUAACACAGGACUGUCAGUUCUUGAAGAACAAGAAUUGAUCUUCACGGUCACUUACUGAAUGAUUAUGCCAUUACUGCACCACCUGAAAAUCUUCAGUGAGGAGUAAUUGUUAGAGAAAUAAAGUUUUUUUUCUUUUUCUUGAA